UCGACAUACUGGGGAUAGGAGUAAGUAUAAAUAUACGCCCCAGCCUCUAUGGAAUCAUCACUCGUUUAAGUGACAAGAACAAAUCAACACCAGCCAAGAUGAACAAACUCAUAUUUACCGUUCUCAUCUUAUUCGCCUAUGGAGCAUUGGCAGCACCAAACCCAGAAGCAAAAGCUGACGCAAAACCAGGAGUAUUAGCCGCAGCCCCACUCGUAGCAGCGGCACCAGCAGUAGCACCGGCCUUCGUAACAGCCAGAAGUUCACAGGCUAUCCUCAGGACCUACAGUGCUCUUGCAUCUCCUUACGUGGCUGCACCUUAUGUCGCAGCACCCGCACCUCUGAUUUCAUCCCCUUAUCUGACGAGUUACGCCGCCCCAUAUUUUGCAGCUCCAUAUUUAAUUUGAUUGCAUAGUAGAAAGUAACUGAUUGUUUUUGUUGACGAAAUAAAACAAAUUGACUGAGACAUUUUUUUCACAUUCAUUUUUCCUGUAGGUCCGGAGGGUUUCGAAUAAUCAAUCGAGCGCCUUAGACCCGUUUGCACCAAACGCACUUAGU